AGCACCCCCUCCUCCCCCUCAACUCUUUCUGGUUUCACAGUUGUGGACUGGGAGGGAUCACUCUUACCUGUUGUGCUUCUCAAAUGUAAGGGAAGGAGAGACCGCCGUCCCGCCCUACCUGUGAAAGACCUCUCUGAAGAGACACCAGUUGCUGCAGAAACACAACCAUGCAUCGUGGAGAGCUGUUUUUGCUGCUCUGUGUUUUCGCUGUUAGAAGUGCCUCAAGAAAUUGCAUCCGACGCCAGAAAAUUCACACACUAGAAGGAGAGCCCUUUUAUCUGAAGCAUUGCGGCAUAGCUUCAUCUGUGCACAAGAACGAAACAGCCGCCAUAAGAUGGUUCCGAGUCCAUGCUUCCCAUGGAUAUGUAGAGCUGAAUACUCAAAGCUCACCCAGAAUUACUUUGCAAAGUCACUAUUUGGAGUUCUGGCCAGUGGAGCUGGAAGACAAUGGAACAUACUUUUCCCAAGUAGGAAAUGAUCAUCAAAAUUGGACCCUAACUGUCAUUAAAAGAAAUGAACACAGCUGCUUUUCUGAAAAACUUGUGAUAAACAGAAACGUGGAAGUCAAGAAAUCUUUGAGUAUAAAAUGUGAAAAUUCUAGCUACGGUGAACUGAUCAACCACACUUCAUUGUAUAAGAACUGUAAGGAAAUAGUCUUACAGGGACUAUUACGAGGGAUCCAGAAGGAUGCUGAGUUUGAAGAUGGGGGUUAUUACACUUGCGUGCAUUCUGUCCACCAUAAUGGGAAACAGUACAACCUCACCAAGACCUACAAUAUAACCGUUAUCGAAGGGAACAGCAAAAUCACUCCAGCUAUUUUGGGACGAAAGUUUGACACUGUUGAAGUAGAUCUAGGAGAAGAGGUGGAACUUAACUGCACCGCUUUACUGAAUAAAAAUGACCUGUUUUAUUGGAGCAUCAGGAAAGAAGACAGGUCAAACCCUAAUGUGCACGAAGACACGAACAUGACCACCUGGACUUCUGAGGGCAAACUGCAUGCCUUUAAGAAACUGACAUUUCGGAAUGUUGCUGAAACAAAUCUCAACGUUUUAUAUAAUUGCACGGUGACCAAUGAGGAAGCCACAGACACCAAAAGCUUCAUGUUGGUGAGAAAAGAAAUGGCUGAUAUCCCGGGCCAUGUCUUUAUGAGAGGAAUCAUCAUGGCAGUGUUCAUCUCUGUGGCAGCAGUGUGUGUGGUGAUUUUGUGUGUCAUUUAUAAAGUCGACUUGGUUCUGUUCUAUAGACGCUUGGCGGAAAGAGAUGAGACAUUAACAGAUGGCAAAACAUACGACGCCUUUGUGUCUUAUCUGAAAGAGUGUCGGCCUGAGAAUGGAGAAGAACACACUUUCGCUGUGGAGACGCUACCCGGGGUCCUGGAGAAACAAUUUGGGUAUAAGCUGUGCAUAUUUGAAAGAGAUGUGGUUCCCGGUGGAGCUGUUGUUGAUGAGAUCCAGUCACUGAUAGAGAAGAGCCGGAGGCUAAUCAUCGUCCUCAGCAAAAGUUACCUGACCAAUGAAACCAGGCUUGAACUGGAGAGCGGACUCCACGAAGCACUGGUGGAGAGGAAGAUUAAGAUCAUCUUAAUCGAGUUUACUCCGGCUGGCAGCUUCACGUUUCUGCCCCCGUCCCUGAAGCUCCUGAAGCCCUGCAGGGUUCUGAAAUGGCAGGCUGACAAAUCGCUUCCUUACAACUCGAGGUUCUGGAAGAAUCUUCUUUACCUGAUGCCCGCAAAGGCCAUCAAGCCGUGGAGAGACGAAUCUGAAGCUUUGCCCGUUCUUUCAACACCUUGAUCUUCAGCAAGGCUCUAUGUCAGAAGGAACAGAAAAGCCUGCUGGAGGCUGUGCGUGUGCCUAAUCAUAGCAGGGGCUGUCGUUCAAAAUACUGAAAUUCUGUGUUCAUCCCCUCCACUCCCAGUUAGAAGAUAAGAUUUGUCAUUGGGUUGUCAUAGAGGAAACAGAGCCGGAACUCCCAGGAGACUUUGGGACUCACAAGAAAUCAGUCUGUUACUCUUUCUUUCCCCUAGAGCAGUGGUUCUCAACCUGUGGGUCAUGAACCCUUUAGCAAACCUCUAUGUUCAAAUAUGUUUACAUUAUGAUUCGUUAACAGUGGCAAAAUGAGAGUUAUGAAGUAGCAUUGAAAAUAAUGUUAUGGUUGGAAGUCACCACAAGAUGAGGAACUGCAUUAAAGGGUUGCAGCUUUGGGAAGGUUGAGAACCAUGGCCCGUUAGUUAUCUGUACUCUAACCCCACAUUCAGCAAGGGGGUGACGAGACACACAAACUGAUUGAUGCCCCAGAACAAGUUUUUAUUACCUCUCAGGGGUACUUAGUUCUCCACCAGGCUUGGGAGGUGGAAGGAGUAGUUGGAAGACCUUUGUGUGGAGCAGGGAAACAAGGUGAGGGAAGACUCCAGGGACUUGGCUUCUUCAGCAUGAGAUUAGUGAUGCAAGUUGGCAUUUCUUGGAAGCUCAGUGAGACAUUAGGCAAGAUGUCUUACCUCUUCUUUAGAUCUUCCAUAAGACCUUUGAAAGGGAACCCUAAACACCUUUGUUUCAUCCAUGUCAGAUAAAAAUUUAAAUUCAGAGAACUCUUUAGGUCUCUCAGGGUUAGUGACCUAAGGCUUUUGUUGACUUUAUAUAGAUAUUUAUAUGCAGGAUCAUAAAAGCUAACCACGAUAAACAAACAAUGGUUGCUUGUUUUUAUUAGCUGUUUCAAAGGGGAGGGAGUUCAGCAAGGUGGGCUAUUGGGAGUGUUUGCACGCUUGCAAUGCCUGAGUACAGCAAGGAUGUUCCAGAAAAGUCUGAAGCAGAGAUUGUUUAGAAUAGACAUGGUAGAUUUUAAAAGAAAGAAACAAACAAACACAAAUAGGGGUUCUCAAGUAAGUUUUGUAGCUCAAGCCUUCAUGUGCUAAUUGGCUGACAAAAAGUAAAAAGUAAAUUCAACAAAAGCUUUAUGUUUUAUGCGUGAAAACAUAGAGUCAGAAGUUUUGUUGCUUUGGGAGUUCUGGUAAAUAAAAUGACUUAGUUUAUUUUUUU